AUGCUGAAGGAGCUGUUGACAGUCAACCUGAAGUUGUUGCAGGGAUUUCUCAACAUGUCGCAGCAGCAGCAGAAUGAGGUUGCCAAGGAGCACCAGGAGAGUCACCCGCAGCACAGCAAGGCAGGAGUGCCAGGCAUCUGUCGCUCGGGCAACUUCUACUAUGCGAAAGCAUCCCGUGCACACAUCAGCAUCAACUCCAAGCCUGCUACGUUGGUUGAGGCUAUCGAUGCCAACAUUGCACUGAAACAGAUCUGGAACAUCGUGAAGAAGUAUCCGGACGAUCUCGAAGGUGGACUGCGGCGUGCCGUGAAAGAGCGCCGAGAGAUUGACCAAGACACCAUUUUCUUCAUGAGGUUCCGCUUGGACUUCAGAUGGGAGAGCAUCCGCAUAACGACGCCGCAAAGGAGCGAUGUUGAGAGCAUGCUCAGAGAUCGCCGCACUCUACUCAAGCUGGCAGAGCGCCGAGCCUCGAAGGAAGAAUUCCAGAAAGCACAACAGGCCAUGAAGGAAAAUGCGCAGGAGGAGCUGGUAGCACAGCGGAACUAUGCAAGCGUGCGGCAACAGCUUGUAGCAGAGGUUGCACGGGAGGUCCUGUGGCGCCACGCUGCAGACUCAAGGAGUUUGCUGUCGUUGAAAAAUCAUGCGGAUGAGGCAGCGUCGGACCCUGAGAGCUCCGAUUCGGACACGUCCUCAUCAUCCUCAUCGUCCUAG